UCCAUGUCGAAUGUCACUCCUUCCAAAGUGACAAUCUCAAUCUUCCCCACACCGAGACAGCAAAUAGUCCGCAGGACGACCCGGCAGCAACCACCACUCAUCGAGUACAACUUCAAAUCACCUGAUUGCAUAGACUCCUUGUCUCCCUUCCAAUCAGACGCUCCUUUCUCGCCGCCGCCGCCGCCAUGUCGUUCCUUCUGCCGUUCAGGCCCUCCCUCCAAUGCGAAGCUGGGCCGCCACAAGAUGGCCAGCCGCGAGAUCAGCAAAAGACCAUCGAGGGCAGCAAUGGCAAGGUCUACGUGAUUCCACAUUUGCCCGGAGAGGGGCGUUUCAACGUCUCUGCCAAGAUCUUUUCUCGCCCGCAAGCAGACCCUGCCUUCCAGUCACACCUCGAAGCCUUCCGCCGUGAAGUCACCCUCUCCUCCCCCGGCAUGCUCUCCUACCGCACCUCGGUCGUCCGCGGCAAGUCAGAGGAUGAGACGUUAAUCUGCCACGAGCUCUUCAUCAGCGACGACUUGGAUCCUCAUCCGGAAGCGGCCGCAGCAGCAGCACAGGCUCAGCAGCAAGCGCAGGCAUCAACAUCAAAACCGGACGAUCCCGCUGCCAAGCUUGACCAGGCAAAGGAGCAGCUCAAGGUUGCGCCCAAGAGCUUGCUGCAGGAUGCCGCCAAGUCCUUCUGGAACUUCGGUCUCGGUGGUGUUGCUGGCUCGGUAGGCGCCACGCUUGUCUACCCCAUCGAUCUGGUGAAGACGCGCAUGCAGAAUCAACGCUCCUCCGUUGUAGGCGAGCCACAGCUCUACAAGAAUUCGCUCGACUGCGUCAAGAAGGUCUUCCGCAACGAGGGUUUCCUGGGCUUCUAUGGCGGUCUCGGUCCGCAAUUGAUCGGCGUGGCGCCAGAAAAGGCUAUCAAGCUGACUGUCAAUGAUUUGGUGAGGGCAAAGGCGCCCAAGGACUCUGCAACGGGCGGGAUCUCGCUCCCUUGGGAGCUCGUAGCUGGUGGUUCAGCAGGAGGAUGCCAAGUCGUCUUCACCAACCCGCUAGAGAUUGUCAAGAUUCGUCUGCAAGUGGCAGGAGAGCUCGCAAAGAGCGAGGGGGCAGACCGAGUUGCGCGAGGGGCCAUGCACCACGUUAGGCAGCUGGGCCUCAUCGGUCUCUACAAGGGUGCUUCUGCUUGCUUGCUUCGCGAUGUGCCCUUCUCUGCCAUCUACUUCCCCGGGUAUGCCCACCUCAAGAAGGACUUCUUCGGCGAGGGCUCCCCCACAGCUGGCAAGGGCAGUGCGCCCAAGAAGCUGGGCUUCGGCGAGCUCCUCGCCUCCGCAGCCAUGGCGGGCAUGCCUGCUGCCUUCCUCACCACGCCAGCAGACGUCAUCAAGACUCGUCUGCAGGUUGAAGCACGCAAGGGUCAGCAGGCGUACACGGGCAUCGUAAAUGCAUUCACGCGUAUCCUGGCGGAGGAGGGGCCCCGAGCACUCUUCAAGGGAAGCUUGGCGAGAGUGCUGAGGAGUAGUCCGCAAUUUGGUGCGACGCUGGUUGCGUACGAGUACUUGCAGAAGCUGCUGCCGUAUCCCUUCGAGGGCAAAGAGGACCAGGGCGAGACCGAGGGGAUGAGGCCAUGGGAAGACCCGGCGAGACAACAUGCGAGGAACGCUAUGAAGCUGCUGAUUAAGCUUCACGACGACUUUGGAUCUGCGACACCCCCCGCUGGCUACUCGGCAGGCGAGGUUCAGAAGUAAAGGCGCAACUUGAGAGCCUCUCUAGACAUGCAGU